AUGGAGUUGAAAAGGAACAUGGCAAUCGAGUUUGAGAUGAGUGAUCUUGGAAAGUUGACAUACUAUUUGAGCAUUGAAGUACAUCAGUUUGACGGAGGUAUUACAUUGAAACAUAGCCAAUAUGCGAUGAAGAUCCUUGAGGAAAGUGGAAUGGGUACGUGCAAUUUAACUCAUGUUCCUAUGGACUUUAACGUGAAACUAUCCAAGUCGCAUGCAAAGAAGAAAAUUGAUGAAACAGAGUACAGAAGAAACAUAGGUUGCUUGCGAUAUUUGUUGCAUACUCGUCCGGACUUAUCAUUCAGCGUUGGGCUACUAAGUCGAUACAUCCAGCAACCAAAAGAAUCACAUGGAGCAGCGUUGAAACAAAUACUGAGAUAUGUACGCGGAACUACCUCUCUUGGUCUUAUGUUCACUCGAUCGGCAAAGCUGGAAGUAGUUAGGUUUAGUGAUAGCUCACAUAAUGUCGAUGAAGAUGAUGAAGAAAGAGCACUAUCUUCAUGUGAGGCUGAAUUCGUGGCUGCCACAGAAGCAGCAGAAAAGGUGAUAUGGUUACAAGAAUUACUUGGUGAUAAUGUCGAUGAAGAUUUUGGUAAGACCACAACGGGUCACAUAUUUUAUCUUGAUGAUAGUCCGAUAACAUGGUGUUCUCAGAAGAAAGAGAUUGUUGCACUAUCUUCGCAUGAGGCUGAAUUCUUGGCUGCCACAGAAGCAGCAAAAAAGGUGAUAUGGUUACAAGAAUUACUUGGUGAGAUCGUGGGAAAGGAUGCGAGAAAGUGA